GGGAAAAACGCCAAGCCAAAAGGACGUGCCGCGCUAAGCAAUUUGCAAAUUUUCCGCCGAUACAAACAACAAACGCCUGUUUUCCCCGCUUCGUUGGUGACCGAGUUAGCGUAUAAGUCGACGAAUCAAACGUAACCCGUAGCAACUUCCGUCAGCAUGGGAGACUCGGAUGAUGAAUACGAUCGCAAGCGUCGCGACAAGUUCCGUGGAGAACGGAGUGCUGGUGGUGGCGGAGGAGGCGGUGGCGGUGAUAGUUACGGGCGGGUUGACCGGCCGGACCGUUCUCGUGGCAGAGAUGAUUGGCCAGAUCGCAUCCGGCCGCGACAAGAUUAUCGAGAUUAUAGACCUCCGCCAAGGGAUCGUGGCUAUUCUCCGGCACGCGAAGCCCCUCCCGUCAAGAGAUUACGUGGCGAACCUUGGGGCGAUGAAGGUCGUCACCGAUUCAUGGGGCACGAUGGAUACGGGAUGUACGGCUAUGCUCACGAUCAUUUCGGCAUGCAUCCGGGAGGCGGCGCACCGUACGGAGGCGGUCUCCAAUCAUCCGUCCAUCAACGCGAACCAGCCACUUCCGGCGACAUGCAAACACAGCCGUGCAUGAUGACUUUGAAGCAAUUCCUUGCUACGCAAGAUGACUCAAUUUCCGACUCUGACGCGAUCACUAAGUACAACGAGUAUAAGCUGGAAUUCCGUCGGCAACAGAUGAACGAGUUCUUCGUGGCUCAUAAAGAUGAAGAAUGGUUCAAAAUCAAGUAUCAUCCCGAGGAAUCUGAAAAACGAAAGAAAGAGCAACUUUCUUUUCUAAAGCAACGGUGUCAAGUAUUUCUGGAGUUGCUCAAUUCGAAAGAUAUUGAGAAAGUUUCCGUGGAUGCUUGUAACAGUGAUGCGCUGCUGCGAUUGUUAGAUACGGCCGUCAUUAAACUCGAAGGCGGCACGGAGGAGGAUUUGAAGAUGCUGGAUGAAAAGCCGCCCGUUGCCGAUACAACGACGAAGAGCGCAGUGCUUGCAUUAAUCGAUAAACCUAAAGCGGAAUCGAAAUCUGCAGAUACUGGCCUGUCCGCGCAAGCCGCCCCGGGAGCGGAAAGCGAUGGUGGAGUAAAGAAAGAAGAACAAAAUGUCAAGGCAGAGGACACGGAUGGCGAGGCACAAGAGACAAAAACGAAAGAAGAAUGCGCUGAUGAAAAUGGCAAGGAGCCAGAAACUCCGCAGGCUACUGAUGAACAUCCCGAAAAAAGCGCUGAAGAAAAUCGUACCGAAACGGGUGUUGAAGGUAUACGUGGUGCUGCCAAUGAAGAUGAGGAUGAUGAUGGAAAACGGGAUUCCGAGGCUACCAGAAAGAAACGUAGCCGCUCCGAUUCAGCAUCGAGUUCGUCCUCGUCAUCUUCCUCUUCUUCCAGCGAUUCGGAUGACGACAAAGAGACCCAGCGAAAGGUUGACGACGAUGACGAUGAAGAUGCUGAGAAAGAAGAGAAGCAGAAGGAUAUAGAAUCAACACCGAAAAGUCCGGUCGAGGACCCUUCUGAGAGUAAAAUGGAUACCGACAGUGCGGGACAUGGGAAUGGAGGAGUUACCGAUGAUGCUUCGUCGGAAGGGUUACAUGUUGACAAAAAAUCCGUACCGGAUGGUGAUAAGUCUCCCCCACAGGCAGAAGCGAAAGAUGAAAAGGAAGUGGAGGAUGUAAAAAAGCCACUGGAAGUGACUGAGGGGGAAGACUCCGAUGCAGGAAAGCAGAAAAAGACGGAAACUAUUGAUUUGGUUAAAGAUGGCACCACCGACGGUGGUCCUCGUGCUCUUCAUCGAACAAGCUCAAUCUUUUUGCGGAACCUCGCACCUUCCAUCACAAAGGCCGAAGUGGAGGCAAUGUGCCGUCGUUAUAACGGAUUCCUUCGAGUUGCCAUCGCCGAUCCGCUACUGGAAAGACGUUGGUUCCGUCGUGGCUGGGUCACGUUUAAGCGUGAGGUGAACAUAAAGGAGAUCUGUUGGCAUUUGAACAAUAUUCGGCUGCGCGACUGUGAACUUGGCGCCAUAGUGAACAAGGAUCUUAGCCGACGGGUCCGCCCGGUGAAUGGUAUCACCUGCCACAAGACUAUCGUGCGCAGCGACAUCAAACUCGGCGCUAAAAUUGCGCACAAUCUCGAUGAUAAAUGGGGUCUAUGGAAGGAUGAGCAAGAUCAAUCGCUGAGUGGUGAUGGGGACGGUACUAAUGGCGGUAAUACACGCCGGCAGGAUGUGCAAUCAUUCGGUUUGCAGUCGAAAAAUCCCGUGCUUCAAAACAUAACCGACUAUCUGAUCGAAGAAGCAUCGGCCGAAGAAGAGGAGUUGCUGGGUCUUUCCGAUGAUAGCAAGAAGAUUUCGGAAGGAGAAGUUAUCGAACGCGAUCCUCAGUUGAUCGAGGUGCUUGAUAAACUCAUUCUGUACCUCCGCAUCGUGCAUUCGGUGGACUUUUAUAACCACUGCGAGUACCCGUACGAGGACGAGAUGCCGAAUCGGUGCGGUAUUAUACAUGCACGCGGUCCACCGUCCCAAAGCAAGGUGUCUAGUAACGAGAUUCAGGAAUACGUACGCUCGUUUGAAGGAAAGAUGGCUUCUUUCCUGACCAAAAUGGUUGAUCUUGAGGCAGAUGAGAUGAAGAAGCUUGGUGCAAAGGAUGCAGAGGUUGAGGUGGAAAAAUUUAUCACUGCAAACACGCAAGAACUUGCCAAGGACAAGUGGCUGUGUCCGCUUUCGGGUAAAAAGUUCAAGGGACCAGAUUUCGUACGUAAACACAUUUUCAACAAGCACGCAGAGAAAGUCGAAGAAGUGCGAAAGGAGGUGGAGUACUUCAACAAUUACCUUAAAGAUUCGAAACGUCCCCAGUUGCCGGAGCACCCCGGUAAUUCCAAGAAAUCCGGCUCCGAAACCACCGCUCCCGGCGGAGGUGCAGGCGUCGUAGCCGGAGUAGGCUACCGUAACCCUCCGUUCGGGAUGUCACACAGCUAUGCUCCAAUGUAUGCGCCGUACGCACCAGCGCCAAUGAUGGGACCCAACUCAAGAGGCAGACCACAAUAUGGACGCUCUGGAAGAGGUCCGUUGGUCGAACCUCGACGACCGAUUAUUGCCUACAGCGAUUUGGAUGUGCCCAGUUUCAAUGACAGCUUUUUUUAAGCUGCCAUCUACCCAAUCUACCACAACAUCACACAAGGGAGUUUGGUUAGAUAAACAAUCUUUGCUGUAGUCAUAUCCUUAGAGCAGAAAUGACGGAUGGUAGCAGAAUCGAUCAAUUCACAUUUCAAUACAAUUUAACCACAUUUAUAAUUUUGUUCAUGGCGUCAUUAAAACCGAUAUUGCAACUAUCAAAAAUAAAGAUCAUUUUCCCAAGAAACACCGCAACUGUAGCUCAUCAUUAAU